UCCAUGUUUAGACAAAGCCGGCUCCUCAUACCUAAACACAGCUAACUGGUCACAGUCAGUCAGAGUUCUACUGUCCUAUUCAGUCAUGUGCUCAGAUCGGACUUCUGUACAGGCAGCCCAGAAACCCAAUAAACCUGGGACAUCGAAUGGACUUGAUAAGCUGAGUCGUUUGGAACAGAUGGAGCAAGAGGAGUCACUGGACAGAGAGGACCCCAGAGAAUACUGCCAUGGGGGGUACCACCCUGUUCACAUUGGAGACACCUUCAACAGGAGAUACCAGGUCUAAGUUGGGCUGGGGAUACUGCGUCACUGUUUGGCUCUGCUUGGACCUCAGGUUGGGCAGGCGAGUGGCCGUGAAGGUUUUGAAGAGUGGAGAAGGAUUCACACAGGCUGGGCAAGAUGAACUGACUCUGCUACGUUGUGCCAGUGGUCCCACGGCUCGUCACCCACACAGCCGGAGAAUAGUCCAACUGCUGGACGAGUUUAAGAUAGCUGGGGUCAACGGAGUCCAUGUAUGCUUAGUGCUGGAGCUGUUAGGACCAGACCUCUGCUGUUGGCAGGUCUGUUUUGGGAACCCAGGACUAUCGCUUUCUUGGGUCAAACAGGUCAUUGCUCAGGUUCUUCAGGCGUUGGACUACCUGCACACUCAAUGUAAAAUCAUCCACACAGACAUCAAGCCUGAAAAUAUACUGCUUUGUUUGGAGGAGCAGAACCCAAAACAGACAGCAGGGGGCAGUGCAUGUCUUCCAUUCCCUGGGAAGUCAAUGAGUAGAGCAGAGAAGGACCUGGUGACUCCCAACAGUCUGGAGGAGGUCACAGUAAAGAUUGCUGACCUGGGAAGCUCCUGUUGGGUGUACAAACAUUUCUGUGAGGACAUCCAGACCUGUCAGUACCGCUCACUAGAGGUUCUACUGGGCUCUGACUACGGCCCACCAGCAGACAUCUGGAGUGUAGCCUGCUUGGCGUUUGAGUUGGUCACUGGAGAUUCAUUGUUUGAGCCCAAAGCUGGGAAGACCUUUUCCUUAGAGGAAGACCACAUCGCUCAUAUAAUUGAACUCCUUGGCAAAAUCCCAGCAGCAGUAGCCUUGUCUGGGAAAUAUUCAGUGGAGUACUUCAAUCGCAGAGGUGAAAUGAAUCGUAUCGGGGUGCUGCGGUCCUGGGGUUUGUAUGAGGUGCUAGUGGCGAAAUACAACUUCCUGCUGAAGGAGGCCUCUCUGUUCUCUGACUUCCUGUUGUGCAUGUUGGACUUCCAGCCCAAGAGGAGGGCCAAUUCUGCCCAGUGUCUCCUGCACCCAUGGCUUAGCUCCUGA